UAAUUAUCCCAAAAAUAGUCAAUGGAUUUGAGGUGGACAGCAUCAGACCAGUUUUACUGAUACAAAGAGAUUGAGUGUGUCUAAAUUAAAAGCUAUAAUAUAUAGACUAUGACUAGCAGCCCUGAAUUAUCUUCCCCAACAAGUAUCUACUUAUCAUCUCUAUGGCCAUCUACUACUCCACUGCCCUUGACAACACUCCCACCUGUAUCCCCUUCCCCAACAAGUAUCUACUUAUCAUCUCUAUGGCCAUCUACUACUCCACUGCCCUUGACAACACUCCCACCUGUAUCCCCUUCUCCAACAACUUCUACCCCUUUAUCUAUAUUAACCACAAGUAGUGCAUUAACUCCAGCCCCAGACAGCAAUCAGGCAGGUGUGGGAAUUGCUAUCGGCUCUCUAAUCCUGCUUUUCAUCUUUGUCUCUUUGGUUAUCCUUGGCUGUCUGGUAGGAAUACUAUUCUUUAAAGUGAGUCGAAAGAUCAAAAUCCAAGAACAAUCGAAGGCGAAUAGCAUAAGAAGUAGAGGAAGGGUUAUCAGUGUGUCUUCAUCAACAUACGCCAGUGUCAAUGAGAGAGGGAGAAUAAGAAGACAUGGACGGAGGCAAGACUCUCAACAAUGUGCAGUUAUCUACAACACAAGAGCAGCCAGAGAAGCAAGUGGUAUCUAUUAUCCUGCUCCGUCCAACCUCAACCCAUUGCUACCUGUGCACAUUCGAUCACACGUUACAAACGGUACCCUCUCCCCUAACUACGAGCUACAGGACACUGGAGACUAUAGCGCUCCAGUUUUUUCACCAGCGGAGAAAGAAGAAGACCUUCAAAUGCAGCUAGCCUCGCUGGGCAUCGAUGAGAUUCCUGAAGACCAAUUAUGUAUCGAAGAGCAGAUUGGAAGGGGACAGUUUGGCACAGUGUACAAGGCACAGUGGACAUUCACCACAAACGAAAUGGACGGUAAUGCUCCUCAAUGUAUCUCUGCCCAUGUGGCAGUAAAAAUGAUUGGAGAAAAUUCGUCACUAGACAACAGGAUCAAGUUCCUACAAGAGGCUGUACUAUUGGCACAAUUCAAUGACCCCAACAUUGUGGCUCUAUUCGGAGUAGUGACAGAAUCGACUAAUAAUCAGCUAAUGAUCCUUUGUGAAUUAAUGGACGAGGAUAUAAGAGCAAACCUCAUAAACGUUAAAGAAAAAAUCCAGAAAGGUGAAAACACAGAGCAAGAGAUGACUGAGUUGCCUGCUCUUCUGCUCAGCUACUGUAGGAAGAUUGCCAGCAGUUUUGUGUACUUGGGGCUCAAGGGGUUCGUUCAUCGUGACCUGGCAGCCAGGAACAUACUCGUCUCCAAGGAAGGGGACUGCAAGUUGUCUGAUUUUGGCCUAUCACGUCAGCUACGCGAUGAAGAUUACUACUUGUCCCAUGGAGGGAUGGUCCCUGUGAAAUGGACAGCCACUGAGGCUCUUAUGCACCGCAGGUACUCUACUAAAAGUGAUGUAUGGAGCUACGGGAUACUAUUGUACGAGAUUUGGUCGCUAGGAGGAAAGCCAUAUCCAGGCAUGACUAAUCAAGAGGUAGUGACUAUAGUGCCAACAGGUUACCGCCUCCCACCACCACCUGGCUGCCCGAGAGCCAUCUAUGACCUCAUCAUCAAAUGCACGCACCCCCAACCCGAGUCAAGGCCAGCGUUCACCAAUAUCCUGACGAGCCUACAAAGACCCGACUACCAGCUGCUAAAAUGGAGGGCAGAGGACGUGGUUGCCGGCAGUGAGGCGGCUAGAACGCUGGGAGCUCCACUAGAGGAAGGGAAGGGACUGUACACAGAACUACAGAAGACUUACAAACUUAUAGAUAGUACGGAUUAGGCACAAUAGUUAUUAGCAGCUGGAACAAUCGAGUUUUGUUCAAUUGCACAAAUUUCAAGAGUUAUAUUUUAUAAGGA